UUGGAUUUCAAGGCGGGAAUGGUUGCCGGGAUCGGAAGGUGAUACGUGUAAACUGGAUAGGGAUAUUCGCCCCCUCUUUCACUAUGGACAUCGUACUGGAAACUGAGAUCGUCGUCUUCUAUGCAUACCCGCUCUCGUCCUCCCUCUCGAUCUCCUCCUCCUCCUCCUCCUCCUCCAUUUCCGAUUCGGCUUCGCCGGAUUGAUUGAAGAGUCAUUAGGAUUCACGAUCCCCUUCGCCCCCUCUCCCCUCCCGAUCCAGGUUGGCAGAUCGAUCGGGGAGAGGAGAUGGCGUCGCCGAAGAAUGAGGGGAUCUUGACGGAGGAGCAGAGGGGACACCGAGAAUAGCCGCCAGAACGCGGAGUUACCCUCCUCGUCACCCAGAUCGUCCGGCGAGAUGGGGAUCCACGACUUCCAAGCGAAGGGCGGGGGAGGGAGGAGGAAUCCGGCCGCUGGUGUGUGGCACAUGCAGCGCACGCAUUCGGGGGAGCUUGUGCAAGUGAAGAAGGAUGGAGCUGGUGGGAAAGGAACUUGGUGCAAGCUUUUGGAUUCUGGGCCUGAUUCACGCAUUGACUCGAAUGGUCCUAGUUAUGACAGUGGUGAAGGGCCAUAUCAGCUAGAAGAUGCCACUGUUUUUAACCCUGCACAUGAGUCACAUGACUAUAAGAAAUCUAUAGCAACAAUCAUUGAAGAGUACUUCAGCGAUUGUGAUGUAGAAUUAGCUACUACAGAACUUCGGGACCUUGAUUCUGAUGAGUACCAUCAUUUGUUUGUUAAGAAACUUGUUUCUAUGGCAAUGGACCGGCAUGACAAACAGAAAGAGAUGGCAUCUGGGUUCUGUUAUCCGCUUGUUGAUGAGACAUUUUGGAUGUCUCAAAUGAGCUAGCUCUAUUCUUAGCCAGGGCUGUGAUUGAUGAUGUCUUAGCCCCACUCAACUUGGAUGAGAUCGACGACAAGCUUCCUAAAAAUUGCAGGGGGAGGGAAACAGACCAGAUGGCCCGCUCGCUUGUUUCUGCUCGACAUGCUGGUGAGAGACUUCUGAGAUGCUGGGGUGGUGGCACUAGUUGGGCAGUGGAGGAUGCAAAAGACAAGAUAAUGAAGCUUCUGGAAGAGCAUGAGAGUGGAGGCGAUAUAGGCUAAUUCUGUCUAAAAUCGAGAAAGAUGGAUAGUUGGUUAGAUGAUUUCGAUGUUGACCGUGAAAAGAUUUUUGGCUAGAGAAAGAUGACAUUGAGCGG